GCCGUUUGAAUUCGAUGUGCUUCCAAGAAUCGCAAUUGAUUAAGGACGGAUGUCAGUGACGGCGGGGGAUACGAUCGUAUUGCACGACGGUCUAGAAUCUGUCCAGCACCCAAGAGCGCGCGCUCCUGCACAACCCUGGACGCUCAAGGAAGAUGGUUUACUUCGCGCCGCAGUUGCUAAGUACGGCGAAGACACCGAUAGUUGGAAGCGCAUUGCGGAGGAGGUUCCAGGAAGGACGAACAAAUCAUGCCGCAAGCGUUGGAAGCAUUCACUCAGUCCCACUCUUAAGAAGACUGCUUGGACUAAAGAGGAGGAUGAGCUUCUACUUACACUUCAUGCAAAAUACCCUUGCCGAUGGUCAAUGAUCGCAAAGCACAUCAGCGGGCGAACCGAUGACGCUUGUGCGAAGCGAUACAGAGAGGCUCUUGAUCCGUCCAUCAAACAAGGCGAAUGGACUCCCGAAGAGGACGAGAAGCUACUUCGGGAAUAUCGCCGCUGGGGUGGGCGAUGGGCGAGUGUGGCGGUUCAGCUUGGCCGAAGCGGCCUCGGCUGUAGGAAUCGGUGGAGACUUCUCGAAAGAAAGAAGGUUCAAGCGUCCUCAAGAGUCAUGAGAUCGUCAGCAACCCACACCGAGGAUUCCGACACCAAUUGUCAACAAACACCUGAGCAAGCACAGAAGGAUUCCAAUGCCUUCCAUGCAAUUACCACAUCUCAAGUCACUUGCGCUACUGACAAUUCUUUAUGGAUCGAUGACCUUCUGGCCCAGAUACGACAAGAUCCUUUCGCAUUUGAGAACUUGUUUCUUGAUCUUGAUUCCACUAUCGAAUCUGACAACUCAGUACCUCUCGAUCCAGCAUUGCCCGGAGUCAAUGCAUCACUUACCUAUCCACAAACACAGUUCGAUCCACGCCUUUUGGACCUCAUGCAAGGAGGAUGCGGAUGCGGGUGCAGCUCGCGAACUGGGUGUGAAUGCACUGACGAGGGUCCACCACCGUUCCUGAGCAUGUCAUCGCAAGAAUUUCUCGGCCCUUUCCAUCAUAUGUCGCAGCUAUUGCUACAGUUUGACGAUUCUCCCGUUCUCCCCUCUUCUGCUGGAAAUCCGAACACUCACACCCCUGCAGCACCAUUAGACAUUUCCCUAGUCCCGCUCGAUAGUGCGGAUGAUCAACGGACGACUUCCUCAACUCAUUCCCCCGUGAACCGUGCCUUUUCCGCAUCUUCAUUCCAACUGUCAAGCGAGCCUCCAAGCCUACUACCUGAUUCUCACCCACAGUCAACUGUGGAACGCUCACCUCCGACUUCGAAACCGAUUGAAGAUGCUCCCGGGAGACCUUCGAGCAUUGGCCACUCUCCAACCCCUGGGGACGCCACUCCUCCAACGCACAGACAUGUUGACAACAAUAUGUCUACUUGUUUGGCAUCCAAAUUACCCGACAGGAGUAGGUGGAAUGCACAACAGGCCUUGUUGGCUCUAUCGCGUGCCAAGGAGAAGCCAUCGUGCAAAUGUUCAGGACCGUGUUGCAGCGUCCCCUCUGGCACUGCAGGUAGUCUCUGUUCCGGGAAGGCGCUCAAGCGAUCCCGAUCCUCUACGCCAAGGGAUGACGAUGAUCCAAACCUUCAGCGCCAAAUGAAGAUUAGAAAGUUAUCGAUGGUGCCUUCUGUGCCGCGACUUUCAUCGCAACUUCCGCUCAUGUCACAGACUGACGAGCAACUUUUGGCAUACGCCUGUGGACACUCUUCAUGUUGGGUGUCUGACAAUGAAAUAAAAUCACGAUUCGAUACAAGUGGCGAACUUUUGGAUCAUUAUCGUAAAACGCAUGGUGAUUUGUGUGUUAAUUCUGAGAAUGGUGGUAGAGCGUUUAGAUGCGCUUUACAGGGCUGUGGGAAGGGAUGGAAGAGUAUCAAUGGCAUUCAAUAUCAUCUUCAACUGUCAAAGGCUCACUUCUCGAUGGCACUCAACAAGCACAUCCUUUUGUCUGACCCAGAGGCAGAGCCGACGACUUGCUGCCAAGGUACGACAGAUCAAGGCCCUGCUGGAGACGACAGCGCCUUGGACAUUUCCGGACAGAACAAGUCCUCCCUUACUCGCCGGAAGACUCACGCGUGCCCUCAUUUCGGAUGCCCAAAUGUUUAUAAACAAGCAGCUGGUCUGAAAUAUCAUCUUGCCCACGGGCACCCGGACAAGCCACCACUGCAGCUCGGGAGUGUACCGCCAGCUCUAGUGCAGAAACUAAGCCAAAAAGUACAGAGGGCGUGAUGCUUCGCGUUCGGAUUUGAUAUUUAUGUUAUUUACAGUUGUCAGCUUGUCCGGUGAUGCGCCAUC